AUGAGAAAUCUGGAUUACAAACCACAGAGACCCGUCUGUGGCGGCGAUGGGCCUAUUAGAGACCUCCUCAGCAGCUACAUAUACGCAGCUGUUCUGAAUCGACGGCAUUUUCUAAAGCCAUCGGAACGCAACAUCACGAUGGCGGCACGACGACAAGGCCAGCAUGUGCUCUCAAUGCUGGGCGAAGGCUCGCGACAGUCAUCCCGAGGCCGCUGCGCCAGUACUGUCAGAAUGUUCUCAAGCAGUCAGAAUCCUGCCGCCAAGCGGCCACUUGCGGCAAAUGCUUGGCUGACGGCUGCCGCCAUUGGCUUCGCUGUCCCUCUAGCGUAUCAAUUUUACAGCUCGAAUGCCCGCGGCGGUACGAAACUCGACGCCGCAUCGCUCUUCGAGAUGGAUAUGCGAGCAAAACAAGAAAGCCCUGUCGGCGAUAAUUCGCCCAUGCGACUGCGCAUGGAAAAGUUCGUAAAGGAGCAGCAGCAGGAAAUCAUCAAGGCCAUCGAAGAAAUUGAAGGCAAGAAGUUUUUCCAAGACAAAUGGGACAGAGAUCAUGGCAACGGCGGCGGCAUCACUGCUGUGCUACAAGACGGCAACGUCUUUGAGAAAGCCGGCGUUGCUGUCAGCAUCAUAUACGGUACCCUGCCAAAAGCGGCCAUUGAAAGAAUGCGCGCAGACCACAAGAACCUCGCCACCAAUGUGGAUUCCCUCGACUUCUUCGUCGCCGGCCUCAGUCUCGUGUUCCACCCGAAGAACCCUAUGGCACCUACCGUACACUUGAACUAUCGCUACUUUGAAACGGCGAACCCCGAUGGAACAUCUCAGGCAUGGUGGUUUGGAGGAGGCAGCGACCUGACCCCGUCGUAUCUCUUCGAUGAAGAUGCCAUCCACUUCCACAAGUCGCUCAAAGACGCUUGCGACUCCCAUAGCAAGGACUACUAUCCCCGCUUCAAAAAAUGGUGCGACGAAUACUUUUACAACAAGCACCGCAAAGAGAGCCGCGGUGUUGGCGGCAUCUUCUUUGAUGACUUGGACGAGUCGGGGCGGGACCAGGAAAAUACCUUUGCCUUCGUCCAGGACUGUCUGAAAUCUUUCAUGCCUUCGUACCUCCCCAUAUUGGAGAAGCGCAAGGAUAUGCCCUUUACUGAGAAGGAGAAGGAGUGGCAGCAGAUUCGCAGAGGACGUUAUGUCGAGUUCAACUUGGUGCAUGAUCGCGGUACUGCUUUUGGACUGCACACCCCGGGACCUCGUGUUGAGAGCAUUCUGAUGAGUUUGCCGCGAACUGCUACAUGGGGUUACAUGCAUAUUCCGGAACCUAACAGUCGUGAGCAGCGUUUGGUCGAUGUGCUUCAGAACCCGAAGGAGUGGGUUUAA